CGGAGACUACAAUGUCCACUUAACCUGGCUCUUCAAAAAUUUAGGCAUAAAGACAAAAACGCCUAAUAAUUAUAAUCAAUCUCACCCUCCAUUUUUUAUCCCCUUAAAAUCUCCACAUCACAUUUACAUCGCAUUAUUCCAUCUCCAUCAUUACUGCAAACUUUAAUCAAACAAUGGAUUCAAAGGAAAUUGCUUAUGAUGUCCCAAUGUUUUUUAAGGUCUACAAAGAUGGCAGUAUCGAAAAGUAUCGGAAACAUGAUUAUGCCCCUCCUUCCGAUAAUCCAAUCACCGGUGUUCGAUCCAAAGAUAUCAUCGUCCUACCGGAGAACAAUGUAACGGUACGCCUUUAUCUUCCUAAAAUAACCCAAAAUGAUGAUCAGAAAUUUCCACUCCUUGUGUAUUUCCAUGGGGGAGGGUUUGUGAUGGAAUCGGCGUUUUCUACUUACUAUCAUAGUUAUCUCCACUCUCUAGCUGCAGAAGCCAAUGUACUUAUCGUGUCUGUCGAGUACCGAUUAGCCCCUGAACACAAAAUUCCUGCCUGUUAUGAUGAUUCGUGGGCUGCCAUGAAAUGGGUCUCUCAGCAGGCCAAUGGUGAACAGGGAUCUGAACCAUGGCUGAAAAGUCAUGCUGACUUCUCCCGAGUUUUCUUGUCAGGUGAUAGUGCAGGAGCAAAUAUUGCUCAUAACAUGAUGAUGCGAGCAAGUGUAGAUGAAGAUAAACUUGGAGAUGGGUUAAAACUUGUCGGAAUGGCAUUAGUUCAUCCCUAUUUCGGGAACAAUGAGCCAGAUAGAAUUUGGUCGUAUUGUUGCCCAGAAAAUCCCAAAACUGAUGACCCAAGAUUCAAUCCAGCAGCACAUCCAAGUUUGCUAUCGAAGCUUGUUUGUUCCAAGAUUCUGAUAUGCACCGGGGGAGCGGAUUUUAUAAGGGACAGAGGGUGGACAUACUUUGAGUCCCUGAAGAAAUGUGGAUGGAAAGGUGAAGUGCAACUUAAGGAAACAGAAGGGGAAGAACAUGUUUUUCAUUUGGUUAAGCCAACUUGUGAGAGAGCUCAGGCCUUGAUGAAAUGGCUAGCUGAUUUCUUUCAACAAUCAAGCUGAAAUACUUGUUGGGUAGAAUUUCUGUACUAUUUCAGUUGUAUCUCUUUUCUUUUUAUUGAUCAAAUAAGUAGCCGUUUGGACUUGAAAUUGAAAUUAUUGAUUUG